ACAUCAUGAUGCGCCCACAGUGUUCAUGACUCGGAUAACAUAUGAGACAGCGAGAUACCACGAAGAUAUCAAUCAGCACACUCCGAUAUCAGGGAGGAUGGAUUUUAUAUAACAACAUACACAAGACUCCAGGAAGAUGCCCACACCUUCGCAAAUCUGCUAGGCUGUAGAUAGCUUCGCCAUGGUUUCAGUAGGGAUGUCGUUGGACGCCGCUUGUUUACUGGCAAUGGCACUGGAAGGCAUUUUCUAUGGCUUCUCAAUCCUCAUGUUCGUGGGUACCAUCUGGACUUUGACCUACAAACAGCGCGCGCAGGACAUCAACCGCCCAAUGAUCGUGGUGGCCAUCCUGCUGUUGAUAUUUAGUACCGCGCAUAUCAUCGUGAACAUCAUUCAUGUUGAACAUGGGCUAGUGACGUAUCGCGACACGUACCCAGGUGGGCCAGUGGCAUUCUUCGCAGACCCUGCCCAGAAAACGCUUGCGAUGCUGCAUGUGUUUUACUUCUUACAAACUCUACUGGCUGAUGGGGUAGUGAUCUAUCGCUGUUAUGUUGUGUGGCAAUCAGUUUGGAUCAUCAUCCUACCAAGCCUUCUGUGGUGCAGCGUCGUAGUGACUGGUAUUUGUGUGAUCUACAGCUAUUUGCAAGUCACAAGCAGCUCCAUGGACUUCUUCGCCAACUUGCUUGGCGGGCCUGCACACUGGGUCACGGCAUACUUCGCCUCGACUAUGGCAACGAAUGGAUUGAGUUCAGGAUUACUCGCAUAUCGCAUCUGGAUGAUUGAACGGAAUGUCUCUGCAACUCGCGCUACGAAGGGCACUAUGAUGCCAAUAGUGCGCGUGCUUCUGGAUGCCGCUGUUUUGUACACUGUGGUUCUCGUCAUCGCACUAAUAUGUUUCCUGUGCUCGAACACUGGAGAGCAAGCCGCGGUGGACAUGAUCACGCCGAUCAUAUCGAUUGCCUUCUACAUGGUCCUUAUUCGCAUCGCAAUCAACAGACAAAAUCGCACUUAUACCUCGACCAAUGAGACGGAACAAAGUGCUUUGGAGCAGUGUCCUAUGCAGGUCCACAUAUCCACAUAUGCGCACGAUGACAGUACACCAGCGUACGGAAUAGGAAAUGAGGACCGGUCAUCAACAUUGAAAGCGGAGCCUUGAAAUGGGUCCUUGCAAUCAUAUUCAAACCCGAACGCCAUGUAUUUCAGGCUUUUCGUCAGAGAUCUGUUUGCGCUUCUAAUUUCACAUGUAUUUAUACACGGGCUCGUUCACGUUGUUCUAUCUCACCGUUUAAUUAUAGUUCU